CCUUAUUUUAAAAUAUUAGCAAACCAGAAGAAGGGCGAGCGAAAGGGACGAGACGAGAGUUCCGUCGCCGGCAGCGCUGCAGCUCACGGUACAGAUUUGGAUACAACUGUACUCGACCUAAUUAGUUGCCUCAUGGAUCCUUUUGAUGAUGUUCUUCCAGUGGCUCCUGCUGCACGUAGUAAGUGCUUCACUCUUUUUGAAGCUCGGCCGGGUGCCAAGUUUAUUCCAAAGGCCAAAUCAAAACAGCUUUCUCCAAAGGAAAUACCAGUUUUUCACCCUGCUAAUGCUAUGCAUUCUGAGGAUGCAGUUCAUAAUGGAACUAUAGGUAAAUCAUCCGGAGAGGCUGCAGACAUUUUUUCUGCCACUGAUACAGGUGAGUUACUAUAUUCCUUGUGAUUUACCAAAUUACAUCAACUCUCUUCAUACAUCUUCAUUCUAGCUUUCAAGAGCAUCACUUGUAUUGUGCUGCUGCCUUUAAAUCUCGCUGUUAUGGUUGAUUGGCUCCCAGACAACUGUAAUUUGUAAGUAUGUGACCAUGGGUUUCUUCAGUGGUAAUUGGAAAAAUUGCGUGUAGGAAAACCAGCCCUUCAUUCUUUAAAUGAGAAGGGUGCUGAGCAAAAUUUUGUUACACCUGCUUCUAGUUCUAUUAACUCUUUUGGGAAUGUGAUAUUACCCAAGUUCAAAGGUGUCCCAAGUAUCAUACCCCCCAAGAUUCAUUAACCUUCGAUGAAGCUGCACUCCUCAAUGAGGAUGAUACUCACACUAGCAAUAUAAGGUUGGAAACAGAGGUGAAGAUUAUAUGAUUUCAAAGAUAUGAUAAUUUUCUGUGAUGAUGUCUUUCAUUAUCAAUCCAUGAAAUCUGGUGAAGGUCCAACUUCUGGAAUUCCAGUGCAUGAAGAGUUGACAAAUGCUGCAGAUAGUCCCCACAUUGGCUGAUUCUUUGCAUGCAGAUGUUACGAGGGAAAUAGAACUUUUCAUGUCAUUUACUAUGCUUGUCAAGAUUCUAAUAAGAGAAAAAAGGAUGGCUCAACGUCGUGUUCUCUAAGGAAGAACAGAAGAUCUUCUAUUGCUGGUGAGGGUGAGGAGGAUAAAGGUGGUAAAACCUCAAGGCAGCUGAGAAAACAAGCAGCUCGUAAACCUGCAAACAGUUCAUUCAAUGAGGAUGUUGAAGAUAAUAAUGACCUUGACCCUCCUUAUAAUUCUAAUGGAGAUGAACUUCAAGAAAAUGACGAGACUAUGAAGCUGAUUAUCCAUCCAAGAAAAAAAGAGUAUCAACAAGUUCACAGAAGAAAUUUGUGGCUAAAAGUGGAAAAACAUCUUGAAAGCGUAAGAAGGCUAAUGAUGAUUUAGAAAAAACUGAGGAACGUCCCAAAAAGUUCUCUCAUUCGACUCGACGAAGAAAAAGAUGCGUGGACAAAGCUCUGCUGGAAAUUCCUGAGGAUGAACUUGAUCUUCGACAAAUACCUAUUAAGGAUAUUAUUUUACUUGAAGAACAUAGGGAGUGGCUGGCGAAAAAUGAGGUGAUGACUUCGAAUACGUCUUCCACCAAUCAAAGUGGUGGAGUUUCUCUUUAUGAGGCUGGUGCUUAUAAUGAAGGGGAGUUCUCAGGUUCAGAAGAUGCAUAUGAUGAUCAAGCCAAUGAAGGGAUUAUAUCAACUUCCCAUUUAUUCAAUCACCAGUGUUUAAUGAAAAAGGCACCUGGGGCAAUAUGGUCAGAACAAGACACUCAACAGUUUUAUGAGGCUGUUAGAAUGACGGGCACAAUUUUUUCUCUGUUUGAACCGCUUUUCCCUGGUAAAACACCCCAUCAAAUUAAGUUGAAGUUCAACAACGAAGAUGGAAAGUAUUGUUCACGGGUAGAUGAUGCUGUAUAUCACUUUGCUAAAGAUCACUCUCGUGAUUUGUGGAUUGAGCCAGUGAAACCAGUUUCCACCAAGGCAGAAGAAGACCCCGGUGGAGAUGCCUCAGAUUUCGUGAUGGCAGAGGAGGUUGUGGACCUAACAGCUGGAACUCAUGAGGUUGCAACAACUAAGGAGGAUGCCGAUGUUAAAGCACAGGAAGAUUCUGUGGCAGUUCAUAGUCCAGAGCAACCUGAUGACAGUGACGAUGACUUUCAAAAAUGGUCUCAGUAUGAAAGUGCACUUUAGUGAUAAAGUGGUAAUUUAUAUAUUUACACACAGUGAUAGUUUAUGUUUGAAACUUUUAUUUAAUAGUUAAUAUUUUGUAUAAUAUGAUAUUAUAUAUCAAUAACGACCGGAUCUGGUGUAUCAUAACUAUUAA